UCGCAUUUCUUUCCUAGCGCAGGCAAGCGACUGUUCUUGCCACCACAGUGCUAAUGAACAAUACGGGAAGCCAACACCCGUCUUACCUGUCUUGAAACACGCCGUACCGGCUCUCAACAGCUUUCUCCGGGGCUCAAUCUUGGUGUUGUUGCUUUUUGAGGCCAAGACUCCGCUGUGGUUGGCCCACGAUUGUCGUGGUUGCGCCCCUAUGGUAUGGGCUGCCAUCACAAUUGUGUUGGCUGUCGUAAAGCGGCAUAGAUCGGUUGCUGGGCAUUGCAUUCCAUCUUCGGUCGACUGUAUCAGCAGGGCAGAGUUGAUGCUGUCAGGUGAUAUCAAGGUACUCUGCAAUCAGGUGGACAUGAACAUGCUCCUCCAGGCCUCAUGGGACCGUCAUCUCCCGUUCUUCUUGAUUGCCUCAACAAUGCGUCCCCCAUAUGGAAUCAGCCUACACAGCCAGCCGUAUUAA